AGCGUCCCGCCCAAAAUCCUAAUCCGGCACCGCGGCACGGCACACGCUCGCCGCGGCUCCACCCUGCCCGCCAAUCGCCAUGCUCCCCGCCGCUCUCCUCCCCUCGCCGCCGGGCCGCCUGCUCGUCCCCGCCCCUCUCCGCUGCCACGCCCCGACCCAGCACUCCUCCUCCCCCGCCGCGGCCCGCGGCCUCCUCCUCCGCGGCGCGGGCUCCCCCGUCGUCAAGCGCGCCUCCGACGGCGGCGGGUGGCUCCUCUGGCACCAGUCCGGCGCGCGCGUGGCGCUCGCCACCUCCCCGGACGGGCUCCGCUGGAGCGCCCCCGUCUCCCCCGACCCGCUGCUGCCCUCCGAGGACUGGUGGGCGUUCGACACCGCCGCCGUCCGCCCCUCCGACGUCCUCCUCAUCUCCGGCCCCGCCGCGUCCUCGCGCCGCUUCCCGUCCUCCGCGGUGUACUGGCUUUACUACGCGGGCUCCACCGACGGGCGGUUCGGCUCCGCGUUCCCCGCCGCGGACGUCCCCGCGCUGCCGGGGCUCGCCAUCAGCCAGGACGGCCGCAACUGGGCGCGCAUCGAGGGGGCCCACCACACCGGCGCGCUGCUCGGCGUCGGGGAGGACGGGGAGGAGCCCCGCGGGUGGGAGGCGCGCUGCAUUGCCGCGCCCAAGGUGGUGAUGCACGCGGACGGGGACCUGCGGAUGUACUACCACUCGUUCGACGAAAUGUCGCAGCGGCACGCGAUCGGUCUGGCGAGGUCCAGGGACGGCAUCCGGUGGACCAAGAUGGGGAAGGUGCUCGAGGGGGGCCGUGCUGGAUCGUUUGAUGAAUGCGGGGUGCGGCACGGGCAUGUUGUCCGUGACCGUGCCGCUGGGCGGUAUGUCAUGGUGUAUGAGGGUGUUGAUGCGGAUGGGAGGGUGAGCAUUGGAAUGGCCGUGUCGGAGGAUGGCUUGAAAGGCUGGAGGCGCUCCAGCGAGAUGCCAGUGCUGUGCCCGUCUGAGGAGGACGAAGGGUGGGAUGGCGCUGGGGUUGGUUCACCGUACUUGGUGCAAAUGGAGGGGGCCUAUGACUGGAGGCUGUAUUACAUGGGUGUUGGAAGGGAUGGCAAGGCUUCGAUCGGGAUGGCGUAUUCAGAGGGUCAGGCUCUUCAGAAAUUCGAGAAGUGUGAUGCUGUUCUCAUGUAAGGUGAGGUCGAGGGAUGUACAUGUGGAGCUGUUCUGGCCCUUCUGGAGGGUGUUCAAUUCACUUGAGACAAAAUUUUGUUAGAUUAGAAACUCCCACCUCGGGUUGUGCACGAAUGGUUUCCAUAAAAGCAUUGACUUGUAUGAACAGGUUGUACCCUUAGUUUU